GGGAAUUAUAUUUUUAAAAAUCUAAACAUUAAAUAUGGAGUAGUUGAAAUCUUAAACCCUCGUCGUGCCUUCCAUCGCCAACAUCACCGUCCAGCGCUGCCGUUGAAGUCCACAGAGGUUUAAUAUGUCGAGUUCCGGCGAACCGAGCAGAAAACGGCCGUUUAUAGAGAUAGAUAAGCCGAGUACGGUAUUGUGCACAGUGGUGGCAAUGGAUAACAAGAAUCUCUUUUACAGAGUGUGUAGUGUGUGCGAAAGGACUCUGCCGGAUAAUCCUGGUAGCUCUUGCAGCUACUGCAAUUUCACCAACAGUUUCAAUCCUUCUAAUUCCAGUUCCAGACGCCUCUUUCGUGUUCUUGUGUCAAUAGCUACGGAUACGGAGAUUUUGGUGGUGAUAAUGUUCGAUAGGGCCGCGAGAGUGUUGUUUGGUUGCUCUGCUGAUGAGUUUUUUCACUUUGCCAAGAUUCACCCCUAUGCCUCUACAACAGCGAGCAAGGCUCUGGAGGGAGAGAUUUUGACUGUAACGUUAUCAAAGCCGAAGAAUGGCAAUGCUCAGCACCUGCGUGUGGUGUCGGUUAUACCGAUGCGAAGUGAUUUUCAGCCGGCCAUCCACACUUUGAGGGAAUUGUAUCCACCCUAACCAUCAUUUCACUUUCAAAGAAGCUAUUCUGUAUAGUAAGAAAUUGCUUUGUCUAUGAACCUGGGAAUGGAAAAUCAUUAGAUUCUGCUGUUGAGUUAUUGCAGAAAAACAAUGUUUAGUAUGAUCUAGUGUUUUCAUGGCUUCUCUUUGUACUUUGAUGCUCUGCAAGAUUCUUGGCCUCAUUUAUAAACACGAGGACAUUCGUAUA